AUGCCUCUGUCUCUGGAAUGCCGAUUCAAUUUCGUCGACGCAAAGGCUUCAUCUCAGGUUGUCCAACGUGGUAAUCUUCCUGCUUCUUACACUUUGAAACUUGACGACGAAGUGGGUGAUGUAGAGGGGCUCACUGAGCAACUGGAAGAUGGGUUUCUUAUCCCGGAGCAUAGUUUGGAAUGUGUGCGGAUUCGAACGAAGAGCGGCAAUGAAGAACGCAUAUGUUAUGGUAAUGAGGAGCGUACUAUGAUAGAACAUGUUCUGUUGAAACAGAAGAUGUCGGGUGGAGGCGAUGAAUAACAAAUUCUACUUCGAAGUUCUAGACGAGGUAUAAUACUAGGCUGAUUUCUAUUGACUAUUAUACAUAGUUCGUUCCUCGUCAUCCAUAAAAAAGUACAGAGGUGGCUGUGGUUAUUCAGGGCCAGUCUUCUCCUGCUUCAGUGGUAGAGAAGGCUGUCGUCGUACUUACUGCUUAAGGUUUGGGGAGGCUGUUUUUGUCUUGGCUUUGCUGUGAUCAAUUGCAGACUGAAGCCCUAGUACGGUCGUCGCGAAAGGCGACAUCAGGGACACAAACAUGACAUACUCUUAAAGAACUUCCACUUCUGAAUUGUAGGUUUUCGGAAAUAUUCUUGCCUACUAAGUCCGUCUAAAUUGCGCUCAGUUUUUUCGCAGUAUCCGAGGUUGCAGCGCACAGUACUGUGCUUGACGUCGACGUGACUGAGUUGUCCGCGGAGAAGAGACAAGAAUAUGAGGCUAAAACUGCUACUGCCUCCACGACCUCCACUGCAUCAACAUCCACCGACGAUAACAACGACGCCAAAAACAAGAUGAAUGCCUUGAAAAACAGUCCUUUGGGCCGUAUGCUAACGGAAAACAUGCCUCAAAUUAUGGGAACUUUCAUGCCGCAACUUCAGGAAGUCGCAGAAGACCCUGAGAAACUGCGUUCUUUGAUGGCAAAUCAUCCCAUGCUGAGGCAUAUGCUUCCGAAGGGGGACGCUGAUGGUUCUGGUGAAGGUGACGGUGAUACUGGGUGUGGUGAUCAAGGUAACAAUAAAGCCAAUGAGCUAUUAGCUAAGAUGCAAGCCAGAAUGCAACAACGACUGGCAGAAAUGGGCGGAGCGCCGUCGGGUGGGGGUGCAUGAUCGGCGUCGGUUUAACUGGUGUAAAGAUUAUUACAACACACAGUGGAGUACUAUGAGUGAAGUUCUUCUUCCUUUAUCAUGAGGUUCUUUCAUCCUCGUGACUUCACGAAGAUCAUAAAAAUCGUAACAAAAUUUUUAACGGGGCAGUAUGGAUACAGUCAGUCCAGGUUGCCGGUUGU